UUUUGUUCUCUUAAAACUUAGGAGGCAUUAUAGAAAAAUCAUCCAUGCUCCCUCGGGCGUAUAGUACAGGUGUCCUUUUGAGGGUUUCCCCGGUGACUAAAACUUAUGCGUUGAAGUCCGAGCCGAAAGUUGCGUCAUAGAGGUACGUGCAUGGCAAUAUCAGAAAACAGGGGGACACAAACGGUAUUGUCAGAUAUCAAGAGGACAAGUCGUACACAUGUAACAGACUUUAGUCUUCAGCCCUGGACGGAACCCGACCUCAUGUAUACGGCGCUCCUCUCUUUCUCUCUCUACACCUUCUUUCUCUCUCUUCUACAGCUCUUUCUCUCUCUUCUGCAACUCUUUCUCUCUCUUCUGCAACUCUGGUUUCGAAGACGAUGAUGAAGUCACGACCACCGCCACCAUCAACAGUAGAUGACCACAUCGAAGAAGACGACUCCCAAAAGCCCAACUUAGAGAGAGAGUGCUGCAUGUGUGGCGACUACGGCUUAGCUGAAGAACUCUUCCAGUGCCGUAUAUGCCUUCAUAGAUCCCAACACAAGUUUUAUCUAACGCGGCCUUUUGCAAUGUUCAGAUACUGCAGCGAUCUGUACCCAAAGAUGGAGAAAUACAGGACCUGCAACUGGUGCCUUAGAGAUAAAGAAGAAAGACUCAUUAGAUCCUCAUCUGCCUCUUCAUUCUGUUUAAACGAUAAUGGAAAUGGGGUGGGCUUGAAAAGGCCAUCGCCGCCUCUCCUGGGCUCAUCGGGCCAAUUGCAGAGAGGGGCGCCCGCGAAUUCUCAGGCAGUGAAGAAGCAGAAGCCCGUCGAUGAGGCGAAGAGAGAAAGAGGGUGCAUUGGGCGUAAAGAGGAGGAGAUGACCAAGUCUGAGGACCUUGUAAAUGCAGCUGCUAAGGCAGGGCUUUCUCGGCAACUUUCAAGGGGUAAGGUGAGGCGAUACAAGCUCUUAGAGGAAGUAUCUAGCUGAUAAUUCCUAAGGGCUAUCAUUUCAUUUGGUGUGACAGUAAAAAAGUUCGGGUAGCCGUGAGUUCGAGUCCUAAAAGCGGCCACUUUGCGAAUAAAAAGCCAAAGAUUAAGACAGUUUCUGGCUCAUCCCUCCCGAAACCCGGUAUCAGGUUACGGCCUACUGAUAUUUUGCAAAAACAUGCAAACAAACACAAGUCCUCUCUUUCUCUCUAGGUUUGGAAAAGGUCCAGCUGAUAUCAGGAAACAUGUACACCUCUUCGUCUCCAUAAUAGUGGAAUACAUGUGCUGUUAUAAA